AGGAGAAAACAAAACCACAUCCACCUAAAACCAAUUUUUUUGAGUGCUCAAAAUUCAUAGUUUUUGAAAAAUGUCUCAUACGCGCUACUUAGACCCCAUGGACAAGGUGAUGACCACGAAUCUUACCAAUCUAAAAGCUAGCUUUAGUCCUUAUCAACCAAGGCCAACAUUAAUCCGUAGCGAUUCCCCUAAAUUGGAAAAUGAUAAGCGCAAUGGAUUGGAUUUGCUGCUGCCGGAUGAAAAAUUGUCAGUGACUGUAAAGCGAGUGCAAUGGGCUCCAAUGUAUGGAGAAAGCUACCCGAGUGAGUCAACCCAUUACAUCAGCCCGUUGAGCUCCAAACAGAUCCGAUUUGAUCAGGAAACACCAGAAGAGCAGAGACUGGCAAACGAACUCAGACUGGCGGUUCAUCGCGGAGGGGGUUCUAUUGAUCCCGAAAAGAAUUUCGAGCUAAGGACUCGACUGUCGCCUUUGCAAUUGCCCUAUAGUCGUGUCCAGCGAAUCCUGAAGGAGUGCGAGUUGAGCGAGAGGAAUCAGAACACCUAUAGCCUGCCUAUGGACUAUGGACGUCAAUUGGUUGCUAUGGUAUGCAAGGUUAGGACUGAUAAUCUCAGCGAUCUUAAGCUGCGUUUGGCCAACUUACUGAGGAAAACCAAAUCACGUUUUUUUAAUCGUCAUUUAUUCACUGAGACUGGAUUGAUUGAAGCCACUUCGCCAAGCAAAUCACAUUUGAAUUUCGAGGACUUCAAUCAUACAUUACGAACGGAUGCAUUGUGGUGCAAGGCCACCGAUAGUGCGAUUACCGACUUGGUUAAAGGCACAGUUUUGUUUAAAUGUCGUCCCCAUGAGCUGAGAGAGGUUACUGAAAAACUAAGGCAGUGCAGCUAUAAGAUUAAUCAAACGGAAUUGGGGCACUGUCCAAACAAGCCGCUGGUGGAUUUAACCGGUAGGCAAAUGUCGCGUUACCAAGAGUUUUGUAAAAAUCUUUUGAUGGACGAAGAUAUCGUAAAGAUCUACGAUAAUGUGCGUGUUCAAUAGCUCAAAUCUGUCUCAAAUUCCAAGUCAACUAAAUUAUUGAAAGUAAAAGUGAAAGUAAAAAUCA